AUGCCUUUAUCAAACUUUCACGUACCACCGUCCACCUCGACCGUCAAUGUCCGAGUCAUUGACUCGACAUCCCAAGUUGGCUGUAGCAUCGAAGGUAUGGUGUCGCAUACUAUCAAAGGUCACACCUGGCUUCAAUGUCCCGCCUGUGUCUUUCUGGUGGAACACCCGUCUUCGGGUCGCAAACUUCUUUUCGAUCUCGGAGUACGAAAGGACUUCGAAAACCUAGCCCCGCCCAUUCAGAAAUGGUUCAAAGAGAGCGGCACGACCUGCAGCGUCGACAAAGACGUUAGAGAUACCCUCGAAGAAGGUGGGAUUCAACCGGACGAAAUCGAAGGCAUUAUCUGGAGCCACUGGCACUGGGACCACAUCGGAGACCCAAGCAGAUUCCCGAAAAGCACUACCUUGAUAGUAGGACCGAGUUUCAAGAAGAUCCUAACACCGGGCUACCCUACCAACCCGGGCGCACCUCUCUUGGACUCCGACUUUGCCGGGCGCGAACUUCGUGAACUAAGCUUCGCCGAAUCCUCCAUCAGAGUCGGCUCAUUCCCCGCCAUUGACUAUUUUGGCGACGGAAGCUUCUACAUCCUAGACGCGCCAGGCCACACCGUUGGUCAUGUCAACGCUCUUGCGCGGGUGACGACCAAUCCAGACAGCUUCAUUCUCAUGGGUGCGGACACGUGCCACCACAGUGCCGAAAUGAGGCCGUCCAAAUAUCACCCGCUGCCCGACGAGAUAUCGCCACAUCCGUUUCUUCGGGGGAGUCAGAUGCCUUGUCCUGGCGCACUUUUCAAACCUAUUCUUCAGGAUGAAGAUACGACUAAGCCUUUCUACGGCGUUCAUCGACCUGGUAUGCUCUUCGGCGACACAGAUGCCGCUGAAGAGACUGUCGGCCGGAUCAUUGAAGCUGAUGGAAGCGGCAACACUCUCGUUGUGAUCGCGCAUGGCAGUCACUUGAUGGACGUUAUCAAGAUAUUCCCGGAGUAUGCGAAUGACUUCUUUCAACAAGAUUGGGCUCAGCAGAGUAGAUGGUUAUUCUUGAGUGAUUUCAAGGAUGCGGUUGAUGUGGGUCAGAACGAAGAGCCGUAA